AUGCUCUCUCCCUGCGAAGCUUUUCGCGAUGCCGCUUACGAACGCCGGAUAUGGCAGCUGAUCGCUUCCGUUACGCCUCUGAGGCGAGACAUGCAAGAGAUCGUGUCAGGCACUACCGGCUACCCCUUCAAUGCGAAUGCCUUCAUAGACAGGCACCGUGUUGCCACAGAUUUUUUUGGUGCGCAAGUGGCAAGGCAUGGAGGCCACGCACAACACAAGCUGUCUAUGUUGGUACAGUAUGUCGAGUAUGUCCAUGCGCGGGUAGCUGGUGGCACUGCGAGCCAGGAUGUGCUGAAUGCAAUCGUAGAGUUUUCGAAGCAGAAGUUGAACUAUUGGCUCAAGGUGGCUGGGGAGGCAAAAGGCACGCUGAUCGAUGGCAUUUUGGCCCUGGCUACAGGGCCAGGCCAUCAGAUUAGACUUGAGUUUGGUGCCUUCGUUGGCUUCUCAACGCUUCGGCUGGCCAGCGUGGCUGAGGCAGGAGUGCCUUCAUGGCGUGUGCAGAGCUUGGAGGUGGACCCGCUACAUGUCUGCGUCUCGCGGCACAUGCUGAAUUUGGGCGAACGUGCUCAAGCUGCGGAGGUUUGCACUGGACAGGUUAAGGAUCUGCUGCCGAGGAUGCUGGCAGACUUUGGCGCUGGCUCUGCGGGCCUGGUCUUCAUGGAUCACAGGGGGACUCGCUUCCAUUCCGAGUUUCGCAUCCUGGAAUCAACAGAGCUGUUCAGCCCAAACGCAGACAUUUUGUGCGACAAUGUGCUGCACCCUGGGGCACCCAUUUACUUAUGGCAAGAGUCUCAGCUGUGGCUGCAGCGCAGGUUGUGUAUCUGGUCCCUUCCGGAGUUUGGCGGUGAGAGCCGCAUAGAAGACUGGAUGGCGCACGAGAAGUAUGAGCCGUUUCACAACAAGCCGAAACACUCUGCGACCAUUCACAUGGGUUCGAGACAGUUGCGCCAGAAGCAUGCCAUGCUAGCCGGAGCAGAACAAGCUAUCAAAAGUGCGGAGGAACUCCACACUCGUAUUUGUGGUGAUGAUACCGCAGGCAGUGAGAAGAAGGUGGGCUCCGUGCCGGCCGUGCCGAAGUCGAAGUCGGUCCCAGACGCUCCACAGGUGAUCCUUCCCACUCAUCGACUGCAAUAUGAGAAAGACCUUGAAGGCAGAUACCAGGGGAUGGAGCUUGUAUGCGAGCUGCCGGGUGUCAGCGACAUGGGUUGCAUCGUCUUGGACAUUGCGGAGAAACACCUGCGGUUGAACACCUUGGACCCUGCGCCCAAGUAUGCCAUCAAUGCAGGGCCGUUUCCGGUUCUCAUUGAGCCGUCUGGUGCCAAAGCCAAGCCGCAGCCUCAGCUCGACGCUUCAAGACAUUACAUCCAAUCUCUAGAUCCUCGCGGAAUGCGCUCCGGCCUCGCCGUCUUCCGAAACUGCGGCUGCCACGGCUGCCUGGCCGGAUGCUUCGGCCUCCGCGGCCUCUCCGGAUCCUCCGCAAAAAGGGACAGAGGUUGGAUUCACAUGAACGCGGCUGGCGCUUCACCCAUGCCGGACGUGGUCCAUGAUGCCAUCCUGGCUCAUCUCGAGUUGGAGCGCCAAGUCGGAGGCUAUGCAGCAGAAGCCGCGGCGAAUGCAAGGCAGGCUGCUCGAAGGGCGGCAGCAGAAUUGUUGGGCUGUGACGAAACAGAAAUAGCUUUAACCGAGUCCGCACAGGCCGCUUGGGCGAAAGCUUUUUACAGCUUGGAUUUCCAAGAGGGUGAUCGGAUAUUCUGCUGGGAAAGUGAGUAUGCAGGGAAUGCAGUCGCAUUUCUGCAGGCUGCUAGACAACACAAACUGGAGCUUGAAAUAUUGCCCAUGCGCCCUGAUGGCAUCGUGGAUGUAGCUGCCCUUGACGUCGCACUCAAAUCUAUGCCUGCAUCUGCACGCUCUGUGGUGGCUUUGACACACAUUCAAACAAACUCGUCUAUUGUACAACCUGCAGCCGCCGUUGGCGAACUUGCUCGCAAGCAUGGUGCAGUUUUCCUGCUUGAUGCUUGCCAAUCCAUCGGACAGAUACCCGUGAAUGUGCGCUUAUUGUCCUGUGAUUUUGCUUGCGGCACUGGCCGCAAGUGGCUGAGAGGCCCGCGUGGCACGGGGUUUCUCUACGCUCGGGCAGGUGCUCUGCCCCAGUCCUUGAUUGGGGCCAUUGUGAAGUCUGAGCGCGAGCUCGUGGGUGAGCCUGCCAUGAUCGAUCACGUCUCGGUGCGUUGGACACAGCGACGCACAUACGAGCUGGCAUCUACUGCCCAGCGAUAUGAGAUGUGGGAGUCUGCACCUGCACUGCAUGUGGGCUUGAAAGAGGCACUCAAGCUGUGCAGCCGCAUGGGACCACAGCAGGUUGAGCAGAAGGCAAGUCACCUGGCACGAUCUCUGCGACAGAAGUUGGCAUGCAUCGAGGGCAUUCGCUGUUGUGAUGCUCCGGAGAGCUUCAACGAGGAUACUGAAAGCCCGGACAUAAGGCGAUGUGGAAUUGUGACCUUCCAGGCAUUCCCGGACCUCAGACUUACUUCUGAGUUUAUAAAAGAUGCUCUUGCUGAGCAGCGAAUUGCCGUAUCAGUGUCACCAUCUUCUCACACUUUCAACGAUGCGGAUUGGAGUCAGCCUUCCACCGUGAGGAUCAGCCCAUCUUAUUUCAACGAUGAAGCCGAAGUCGACAUCGUUGCGCGUACCAUACAGAGCAUCAUCUCGCACGCCGCGCGAGCUCGUUGA